CAAUAUCGUCCUGUUUAAUUGGAAACCAUAUCCACUUUGAGCACCCGAGCUGUCACUUCUUCUCAAUGGCAACCAUCCGCUUCGGCGCUUCCCUUACCCCGCCUCCUCUCACCGGUAAUACAGUAGCGGCGCCGGCGAGAAGCCCACCCGUACACUUCCCGACCUCAUCUUCACGUAUCUUUCUCCAAUUUCACUGCUCCAAUCCGUCGCCUCGGUGCCAUUCUCCCACUCUUGACGCUCUGAUUUCGCCUUUCUCGGUGCGGCCUCAGACAACGGGCAGGUCACGGGCGGUUUUCAAUGAGGGAUCUGUACUGACGGAGGAGAGCAGCAGCGGCGGCUUCUCUGGAAAUGGAUCUAGAAAAGAAGUCCGGCCGUGCGAGCUGUACGUCUGUAACCUCCCGAGGAGCUGCGAUAUUCCGCAACUCGCCGAAAUUUUCAAACCCUACGGAACAGUUGUGUCCGUCGAGGUUUCCAAGAACCCAGAAACUGGGGUGAGUCGAGGUUGCGGUUAUGUGACAAUGGGUUCACAAAGUUCAGCCAGAAAAGCAAUGCAUUCGUUGGAUGGCUAUGAUGUUGAAGGGAGGGAAAUGCGAGUUAGGUUUUCAGUUGACAUGACUUCGGGUAGGAGAAUUGAGAGAAAUGAGGAGGUCAUGACAACUGCAUCGCCCUCGAGAACCCUAAUCUAUGAGAGCCCGUACAAGUUGUACGUCGGCAAUCUGGCCUGGACAAUAAGACCGGAUGCGUUGAGGAAGAAGUUCAGCGAGUUUGGGAAUGUGGUCAGUGCUAGAGUGUUGUAUGACCGUAAGGGAGGAAAGAAUCGUGCUUAUGGGUUUAUAUCCUUCUCCACUUCAGAAGAACGUGAGGCUUCACUAUGUUUGGACAGUACAGACUUUCAUGGUCGGGUAUUGGUGGUUAGAAAAGGUGUUGACAGGCAGGACCUUUGAGCGAGGAUUUUUGUUGACAGCCAGGAGACCUGUGACAAAUCAAUAGCUGUUGUUUCAUCAAGGAGCUAUGACAUGAAGCAUAUGCAGAUCCCUCUGGUCAGUAAUGGAAGCCUGUCACAAUCAGUCGUUGGUGCCGUUUCACAGUAUUCAAUCCAGUUCUUCUGAUGUCGAACUCGAACCCCUUCCAAAAGUUUUGUGCAAGUUAAAAUCGUUAAGCUUGUCGAGAGAUUGAGAUACAGGUUCUGAUUGGUAGCUUUAGACUGUUCAACAAUUUUGGUUUUGAUCUCUAGUUCAGUCUGCCGAUUACCGUGCAUGUAGCAAUAUCAUAUUAGUUAUAGAUAGGAAACUUGCUGGUUGACUCUUUCGUCUUCGAUAUUGUUCUUCUAGCCUCUAAAUCGUGCGUGGUACAGUCGUCAUUGUACUUCCAUUUUGACCACAUCCAGUUGAACAUUGUUUUGAAGUCGUAGCAAACUGCAAAUUACAUUCCCUCUUUCCUGAAGAAUUAACGGAGCUGCUUGUGGCAAAGAUGGCGUUAUCAUUAUGCGAGUCUAGACGGGAAAGUGGUCAUUACUCAUUACUGUAAUUUUGGUCUGUAUAUGUUAUGAUUUUGCCUUCGGAAAAUAGAUAAGACCGUUUGAAA